UUACCACAGCCCAGCCCGCUUUCUGUGCAUUCUCGUUGGAGGCGGCACAGGAUACAGACUCACACGCUCUCAAUCAUAUCUCAGGCUGGAGUCAGAGUGAGGAAACAGAAUGCCAGGGAAGGAAGCGCAGAAGCCAGUGGGAAAGCACAGUUAGCCUCCAGUCUGCUGAGCCUUUUUCUGAGCCGCUCUGUAACCGCUCCAAAGCGGGAGUUUAGAUUCAAAACAGCUGGCAGAAAUCUGGGGAUUUGUUUACUUUUCUUUUCUUUUUCUCUCUCUCACUUUUUUUUUUUUUUUGGAAAAAGCCCAGAAGUUGGGAAAGAUUUAGGUUUGUGGUGGAACAUUUACUUGGAUACUACCUUCAAGAUCUGGAAUUUCAGACGGAGUAGACGCACAUCAGGGGGACAUUCUUGAGAUUCUCCUCAUCUGCUGCCUCCAUCGAACUCCAGGAGGACACAUUCUAAGGUUGAAAGCACAGGCAGACCGUAAAGACGAUGAGUCUGUCACGGAGCGGGACGCUGGAGAAGACCAUCUCAGAGAAGGCCCACUCUGAAGCACGUUCCCCAUCCAGGGCAGGGUCAGGGGUCGUCGUGCCUCCCCCGUACUCCCUCGGUGGCAGCGAAGCUGCCGACACCCCUCUGGAGUUGCGGGGCUCUCUGGACUGCUGGGCGUGCUCCGUCCUGGUCACCGCUCAGAACCUGAUCAUCGCCCUGAUCAACGCCGGCCUAGCCAGCGUCGUGUUCGGCACCAUCCUCACCCCGGCUCUCGUCAUGGUCACAUUCGGCUUCCUCUGCCACUCCACAGUGCAGCCCCAUGGAACAUCCAUGUACUGCUCAGAAGUACUAGACGACGGCGGCUGCGUGGCCCUGCUGGUGGUGGGCUUUCUCCUGCUCACACCCCUGCUGGUGCUCGCGCUGGCCGCCUACUGCCGCCUGGCUCGGCACUUCCAGCUGGGCCUGUGUUUCAUCCCCUACAGCCGCGCCGUCUACAAGAACAUACCCGCCUCACAUCACCGGGGGCCCGGGGCCUGCUGUGGCCAGCAGGGAGGAAAGGGGGAGGGGGAGGGGAAAGGCAGCGUGUGGGUGUAGGGGAGGAGAGAAGGGAAGGGGUUGUAAUAUGUACUAUGACUUCAAAGUGCCACACAUUUUUUUAUUUUUAUGGAGCCAUUGUAAAAAAAAAAAAAAGAAAAGAAAAAGAAAAAAAUCGCAAUCAUUUAUAUUGAUUGUUUGUAAGUCAGUAUUUUUUUUAUAUACAGUUUCAAUGUACUGAAUGUAUUUUAUACCUUUUUACAAUAAAGUGUCACUGCUGAA